AAGUACUUCUAGAAAUUUAUUUAAAAGACAGAAGAAUAACUAAUUCAGCAAUAAUUUAUAUUUAAAUAUAAUGCUCUUCGUAGCUAUGCAAAAAGGUAGCAUUUGGUAAUAACCAAAGAUCGAACAUCAUUAGUUGUCAAAUUUAAACGUGCAAAUUUUUCUUUUGAUCUAGCUAACAUUUUGAAUAAAGUGAUCAAUACAUCGGACGCCAUGAAAGCGCUAUGGUGGACACUGCUAGUGAUGGGGAUGUCGAGAAAUGCUGAGCCAGGAGCCGUGAACAUCACAACUUCUUCUGACCACCAGAGCAUCUUUGCUGACGGACUUGAAACACAAAGAGAUCCUCGCUUCCUCUUCCCGUUCACAUUCAUCUCGGUUGCGGCUGACGAGUGCACGACGUUGUCAACGACCGUCACAACGGGCGUGUGUCAAGCUGCCAGUAGCUGCCCACAGCUCGGGGGCACAGCCUCAGGCACCUGCGCGGGGGGCUUCGGAGUCUGCUGCUUAUUUACUCAAACAUGCGGAGAAACUACAACCCGCAAUGGAUCAUCUUUCAUUAACCCCAGCAGUCCCAGCUCAGACACGACCGUGAGCAACUGCGUCACAACAGUCCAGCUGCUGGACAACAAUAUAUGCCAGCUGAGGCUGGACUUUGUGAGCUUUGAGCUGGAGCCGCCGAACGUGAACGGCGUGUGCGAAACUGACUUCAUGACCAUCACAGGAUCAGCCAAUGACGCAACGAUCCCAAAACUGUGUGGCUCCAACACAGGCAAGCACAGUGAGUGUUCCAUUCUUGUGUAG